AUGUGGGAAAUUCUGAUACAUGUGGGUAUGUUACAUCGUCACGAGAGAACCUGCGAGGCUAAAGUCCAUUACACGUUCCCUCGCGGUGCGUACAAGACGCCACCCACCAUCUUUGAGCUGCUCGAAGAUGAAGGCUUCACCAUUCCACCACAUUUAAAGUACUUUCCAUACAGAGCCACCUUUGACUUCGAAUGCAUGUUUAAUCGUCAGACUGGCCUAAAUAAUACCGAAAAACUCACCUGGAACGCCAAGCAUAUCCCUCUAAGUGUCAGUGUCUGCUCUAAUGUCCCAGACUACGACCACCCCAAGUGUUUUGUGUCAACUGGGGACUCCAAACACCUCGUCAAAGAGAUGAUAGACUACCUAGUGGAAAUCAGUCAAAAGAGCUCCGACCUGAUGAAGCAAGAGUUUUCAUUCCUAUUUGAAGCGAUAGACCAAAAGCUAGAAGAAAUAAAACAAAAGUCAGAAAAACAGACAGGAGAGAGUGGUACAGACGUUAGCGUCCAAGAAGAUAGCGAUGAUGAAGGAGAAGAUCUUAUGGAGACCGAUGAUGAAGAAGAAAACAUAGAAUCUGAGACAGAAGAAGAUCGUGCCUUCCUGGAUGAUGAAGUGGAAAGUGAGCAAGGUGCCUCGUUUUACCGA